GGCUCUCAGCUGACAGUCAACAUCUGCAACCUCACCCUCUCUCUGCAGCACCAAAGCGUUGAUGAUGUAGUCAAAGUGGGAAUAUGGCUUCCACUCCAGAACUGGAAUGGUCGAUUCAUGGCAACAGGAGGAUCAGGUAUCUCAGCUGGUGAUGAGAUGAACCUGGUUAUACCCGCGGCCCAGGGCUACGCGGCUGGAUUCACAGAUGCAGGCCUAACACUCAACAACACUAUUGACUCUCAGACAACCAAAUGGUUUCUGAGAGAUGACGGCACAGUCAAUGAAGUGCUGCUGGAGAACUUUGCCCAUCGAUCCAUCCACGACUUGGCCGUUAUCGGGAAAGCUGCCGUUAAGGCGUUCUACGGAAAACAGUCUGCAUACUCCUAUUACACGGGCUGCUCCCAAGGCGGCCGACAAGGAUACUUUGCAGCUGAGAAACACCCUGACGAUUUUGAUGGCAUUCUGGCCAAUGCUCCAGCCAUCAACGCGCCUCAACUCUCGCCUGCCGAAUUCUGGCCUUCUGUAUUGAUGACCAACAUUGUUGUGCCGCCUCAGUGUGUGUUCAGAGCAUACCAAGAUGCCAUUAUCGAAGCAUGCGAUGCACUAGAUGGUGCUCGAGAUGGUCUCAUCUCUGCACCUGAGAAGUGCCGCUACGAUACCUCGAAGCUUGUGUCGAAGAAAACCGAGUGCACUGAGACCGGUGGCACAGUGGUCAUCACCAAAAAGCAUGCCGAGUUGACUCUAUGGUAUGGAACUCCUCCCGGGGCAGACUUUGAUGGUUUGGCCAACACCACAACUGUCAACGGCACAACAGUACCUGCCCCGUUUUUGACAGCCCAAGCGUGGUUCAAGUACGCCAUUGCCCAAGAUCCCUCCCUCGAUACGUCCAAGCUGUCCUUGUCGGAUUUCUUUCACCUGUUCCAGCAGUCAGUUGAUCGACUGACUGACUCGGUGGGAUCCGAUAACCCCGAUCUCACGACUUUCAAAAACGCAGGCGGCAAGCUUCUCUCAUGGCACGGCAUGGCUGAUCCUCUAGUCAUGCACGGCGGCACAGUUCUUUACUGGGAUAGGCUGCGCAAAAAGGCCAGCAGCCAGGCCGAGUUGGAUAGUUUCUAUCGUUUGUUUCUAGCCCCAGGAGCAGGUCAUUGUUUCGGAGGAGUUGGCCCAAAUCCGACAGAACCUUUGUCGGCUCUUGUGGAUUGGGUUGAGAAGGGAAUCAGCCCUGAUACUCUUUUUGCGGAAGCAGUCACGGGUGGCAAGUCUAUCACCCGCAAUCUGUGCCCAUAUCCA